ACACUAACCAUUCCAACGAUUGCCAAGCCGACUAUGUUAGCUCUGUUAAUCCUGCUGACGAGGUUUCCUAUUUUUUUAAUAAUGCAGGUCCUUAAUGUAGUGGUUCGCAUGCUCACAACUACCUCCGAGCGACAACGUUGGUUCCUACCCACAAGUAUUAUGCAAGCUGCAAUCGACGGUCGUUCCAUGACGUCCGAAAACAUGACAUCCCUCCGUAAUAAGUACAUGCGGAGCAAGGUGGAUCGUGUCACGAGGAUUUAUCAGCCGAUGUGGUGUGACUGGCACUGGUACCUAAUGAUUAUUGAUGUUCUAAGGAAGAAGUUGAUCUAUCUCAACUCACUUCAGGACCCGCAUCAAACUGAUGCAAGGAAAACAGGGAUGAUGCGAGUGGUAAGCAACCAUUUGGUUGUUAAAAUGUGACGUCUUGCAACCUGAUUUUUCAUGCACAUGAGUAUGAUU